CAAAUCCAGUAGCAGAGAUGUCCUGUGAGCUAUAACUUCGAGGAGGAAGCUGCUGCUUAACAUCAAACCAAUUAGUAGUAAAUCUGUGGAUUAGAGGCAGCAGCUGAUCUGCUGUUAAUGGGAUCAGAGCUGAUCUGAGGGUUUAGGAUGACGUGUUGAGCUCGUUCGCUCACAUUCACACCUCGCUGCUUCCUUUUACAGGAAAAAUACCAGUGCAGCCGGACCGCUGUGCUCAUCUGAUGGUUUUAUGUUAAUAUUUGGUUGUGAUUUGAUGGCAGACCCCUCUGCCCCCCAGCAGGUAUGGACUGUCCUGAUCUGCAGCUCGGCAUUAUGGGUCUGAAACUAGGAGUUCUGUCCGAGUCACGUUCAGCUGCCUCCUUCUGGAACGGAUUAAAAGUCUGAAACUCUGUCGGAUUCUCAAAUUGCUAAACAAAGGAAACUGUUUUGUUGUCGAUAUCUGAAGUCCGGUGUUUGUUGAUUUGACUUUAGCGUUGUGAUCACAGCCAGAGGUGAAAAAUGCCGUUCAUGACGGUGAAGUUUGACCUGCCGAAGCGGGUGAAGCUGGCUCAGGGUCUAUGGAUGCUUUACUGGUUCUCGGUCAUGGUGGGGAUCCUCAUCUUCAGCCUCGGCAUCUUCUUCAAGAUCGAGCUCCGGAAGAGAAGUGAGAUGAUGGACAACAACGAGAGCCAUUUAGUGCCCAAUCUGCUGAUCUUGAUGGGCAUCUUGGCCUGCGGGGCCAACGCCUUUGGCGGUAAGGUGUGCCACGACUCUCUGGACCCGAUCAAGUUCGCCAAGUGGAAGCCGAUGCUGAAGCCGUACCUACUGAUGUGCUGCGGCUUCAACGGGCUGCUGCUGCUGACGGCGCUGCUCUGCUUCCUCAUGCAGUUCGCCAUGUACCUGACGCUGGCCGAGGGCCUGAAGAACAGCAUCAAGUUCUACAAAGACACGGACACGCCGGGACGCUGCUUCAUGAAGAGGACUCUGGACAUGACGCAGAUUGAGUUUCGCUGCUGCGGGAACAACAACUACAGGGACUGGUUCGAGGUCCAGUGGAUCAGCAACCGCUACCUGGACAUGAGCAACGACGAGGUUAAAGAUCGUGUCCUCAGUAACGUGGAGCAGAAGUUCCUGAUGGACAGCGUCCCGUUCAGCUGCUGUAACCCCGGCUCCCCUCGACCCUGCAUCCAGCAUCACCUGACCAAUAACUCCGCCCACUACGACUACGACCACCGUACCGAGGAGCUCAACAUCUGGACCCGGGGCUGCCGCGAGGCCCUCUUCUCCUACUACAGCAGCAUGAUGAACAGCAUCGGAGCACUCAUCAUCGCCACCAUCCUCCUGGAGUCGGUGGACAUGGCGGGGUUAAAGUACCUCAGCACAGCUCUGGAGACGAUGUCCGACCCAGAGAACCCGGAGUGUGAGAGCGAGGGCUGGCUGCUGGAGAAAGGCGUGAAGGAGACGUUCGCCGAGCUGCUCUCCAAGAUGAAGACGCUGGGGAAGGCCAACCAGGUGGAGGAGGGCGGGGAGGGGCAGGAGGCCACCUGAGAGCCCCGCCCACCAUAAAGGACUGGGGUCUCCCCCCGCUCCUCCUCCUCCUCCUCCCUGCCGCUGCCACCGUCUCUUACCUACACAACAAGGAGUGAGGCAGGAGGGGUCUUCACCAUGUUCUGUACAUACGCCAUCAUACGUGUGUUAAAAUGCUAAUUACACACACACACACACACACACACACACACACACACACACACUCGUUCAAAAGUGAACAAGUCAUUCAAACUUACUGUGAACGUUGAUGUUUUCCACUGUGUAAAUAUGUUGAACAGAGUUUAUUUUUAAACAGGGAGGAACAGAAACCUGCUGUAUAUAAAACAUCUGGGUUGGGAUUCAAAUUAUAUUAAAAUGUUCAAUUAAACUCUGCCCCUCUCCCCACCCUCCCCCACGUCAUUAACGUUUCCUGUCAGACGGCCAGAAAGAGUCAACGCCAGAGCCCGACUGAUACAACCGAUCACUGAUCAUUUAGAAACUGUAUCAGUGACGCAGUUUGUCCAGCAGAGAGCGCUGCGAGCAACAAUCACAGCAGCAGAUUAUACCAAAAAUAUAUAUCUUAAUUUGAGGGAUUCUUGCAAAACAUGUCAGUGAAUAUAUCAUCAUUAUUCCUGUUUUUACUUCCAAAUGUUGACAUUCGUAUCAGUCGGUCUCCGGUCUUUCUGUCGCCAUCAGACCUCUGACACGGUGGGCUGACACGGAAACAGACAGCUGAACAUCAGUGGCUGUAAAAUAAAAAAGAUGCAGCAGUACCACUCCUGACCCGCAGUGGCAGCACUGAGCUCUUCCAUCAUGCAGCUUCUUUAAUUUUGUUUGGACAUGUCUUUUUAAUUUGAAUACUUUGUUUUUUUUGGUCAAAUUAUGACUUUAAUUCUUUCUUAAUACUUUCACACAGUUUGUUUGUGUCUUAUGAGGUUCUUAUUUCUUUAGUUGAUGGACCAAAGCUAACAUCUGUAAACAGAAGCACGUGAUUGGUAGAGCUGGUUGGGGGGGGACUGAGCCUGGCAGACUGAGUUCAAGGCGAGACCACAGCAGCCGUCUGGUUCCCUGUCAGAGCGAUGCUCGUCCAGACUGAAACAAGAACGUUUUUUUUUACUCCAAAGUUGCAGCCAAACCAACACACACGCUUUGAUGAUAAAAAUUUCAUCUUCUUCAAACUGUAAAAUUGAUAUUUAGCGUUCCAUCAGAGAGUGUGUGUGUGGAUCUGGUCUGUGUUCAGACAGUUUUACAGAGUUCAGCUGUAUAGUGAUUAAAGGGUGAGUUUAAAGAGAAAAUCAGUUUUCAGUGACAGGUUGUAAUAUUUGUAAUUUGUUUUUUUCUUUCUUUGUAACAUGGAGAGUUGUGAUGUUUUCAGCCAGUUGUUGUGGGUUGGUUGGAGCUUGUAGUCGCUCCACUGUGUGUGAUAAAAUCUAUAAAGAGAUUGUGACUGACAC